GGAGAUGGCGGCGGGAGGGACGGACUCGCGCGCCGUGGAUGUGGAGGAGGAUGCCUCUCAGCUCGUCUUUCCGAAGGAAUUUGAGAGUGCUGAGACCCUUUUGAAUUCAGAAGUACACAUGCUUCUCGAGCAUCGGAAACAACAGAAUGAGAGUGUAGAAGAUGAACAGGAGCUCUCAGAAGUCUUCAUGAAAACACUGAACUAUACUGCUCGCUUCAGUAGCUUCAAAAACCGGGAGACUAUUGCUAGUGUUCGCAGUUUAUUACUCCAGAAAAAGCUUCAUAAAUUUGAACUGGCAUGUUUAGCUAAUCUGUGUCCUGAGACAGCUGAGGAAGCCAAAGCUUUAAUUCCAAGCCUAGAGGGUCGGUUUGAAGAUGAAGAGUUGCAGCAGAUUCUUGAUGACAUUCAGACCAAAAGAAGCUUUCAGUAUUAGAAGGAAUUACAAAAUCCUGCUGUAAUCUGAACACUGAAAAUCAUCAUUUGUUCCUUUGUAUUCUUGGACCAAUCCUGAUUAUUGCUUGACAACAACAGAGAAACUGAUGCAGGAUAGAUGUUGAAAAAUGUUUGGACUUGUUACAUAUUGAUGGAGCUGUAAAAAUUCAUGCGGUAUAAACUGAGGAGCUCUUCAGAGUUUAAUCUGAUCAGUUUGUUUCCAAACAUCCUGGCUUCAUAUGGGAAGCAUACAAAAUACUUACGGCAUUGAGUGUAAAGUAAAUGAAGGCAUGGGUCUCAUUCUGAGUAUUUGUUGUUCAGGAUAAACUUUUUUUCCCUAUUAUUUCUUGAAAAUAGUAACAGUGGAAUCAGGUCUGAUGCAUUUGAGUGAUUUCUUGACGUGUUUGAUCAAGAGAGAGAGCUCUUUCCUUUAGGACUAAUUUUAUACAUUCUUUUUUGUAAAAAUCUCCAGCAUUUCUAAUUAGGGGCAUGUGGUUUUUUUAAUGUUAUUCACUUAUUUUAAUGGAAAUCCCUUUGACACACAAAAAAUGUUACUUUGGUGGUGGAUAAACAGUAGAAGGAAGGGAUUUAUUAAACUGAAGGCCUUUCUUAUAUGUUGGUAUGUUGAUAUAUUAAAACUUCUUGUAUGUUUAAUUAUAUGCAUAUGCUGUUAUAAAGACCAGUUGUUUACAAGUCUGUUCUGGCGAGAAAAAAAAUAACACUUUAAUGGUUUUUGAAACUGGGACUGAAAAUACUAAUGUUGAAAAGUCAAGAUGCAUACCUGAGUUGCUAUAAGUAGCAGGACUUGUUGCUUGAAGUGUGAAAGGAGUGCUGGCACACAAAUUUAAAUAUCUUUGUGCAUUUCUAACCCUUUAAAAAUUUUCCUCCAUUCGUACCCAUGCAUUUUUACCUCAGAAGUGAAACAACAACGGGUGAGGAAUUGGCUGAAAUUCUCCAGAGAUGUGAGAGGGUAUGAAUUUUCUAUUGAAGCUUGAUCCCUGCUUGAAGAUGAGGGAUUCAGAUCUUUUUAGAAACAUAGCCAACAAAGCCUCUGUGGUGAAGAAGUAAACUGAAAAGCUACUUCACAAAUGUCUAUAUGAUUGUUUAGCAUGGGGGGUUGCUUUUGUCUUUUACCUUAAAACCUCUAUAUAUUUUUGCAUUUUAUAUAACAUUCUUUUGUCUAAAAUUUGUGAGCUGUAUAGACACACCUGUUAAUAAAUGGAAUAUUUUUUUU